CGAUCUUGUCUUCUCCUUCCUCCCCCCUUACUGCCUCUCUCCUCUUCUUCCAUGGACUUAUAAAAACCCCCGGUCCCGACACUCCUAUUCGUUCCCAAAAGCAGUCUCUUUUUUCACUUUACUCUCAAUUUUUACAGCACCAAGGGCGACGGGCCUUAGUCCGAUUUAGGGUUUGCGCGAUCUCUUUCAUGAUCGGAUUCUUUGCGACCAAGACUUCCAUUAACUGGCCCAACACAGAAACUGAAGCUUCUUCGAUUCAAUCCGUUGUUACUGACACAAAAGUAGGCUAUUAUGGAUUUAGACGGUGGCAACAGGCGCGUCUUCAACCGACUCGGCGGUCCCUCGACCGCUCCAACCGACUCCUCCAAACACCAGAAAGUUUGUUACCAUUGGCGGGCCGGUAAGUGCAACCGUUUCCCAUGCCCUUUCUUGCACCGCGAACUGCCUGCUCCGGGGCCCGCCGCCACUGCGAACGGAUCGGGUGCCCCCAAACGUUUCGCUGAUGAUUCCGGAUUCUCGGGUCCGGCCGCACGACGAGGCCCGAACUUCAAUAAUAAUCAUCAUAAUAGUUGGGGGAGAAUGGGAGCUAAUAAGGUGGUUAGAAAGACAGAGAAAGUAUGUAACUAUUGGGUGCAAGGGAACUGUAAUUAUGGGGACAAGUGUAGGUUUUUACAUUCUUGGAGUCUAGGGGAAGGUUUUACGAUGUUGAGUCACCUUGAUGGGCACCAAAAAGUUGUUAGUGGAAUUGCGCUGCCAGCAGGGUUGGAUAAGCUCUAUACGGGGAGUAAAGAUGAGACUGUUAGGGCUUGGGAUACCAACUCUGGUCAGUGUACGUGUGUGAUUAAUCUUGGUGGUGAAGUGGGUUGCAUGAUUAGUGAAGGUCCUUGGCUGUUUGUUGGCAUACCGAAUAUUGUCAAGGCAUGGAACACCCAAACUAACUAUGAGCUCAGUCUUACUGGACCUGUUGGACAAGUUUAUGCUAUGGUUGUGGGUAAUGAUUUGCUCUUCGCUGGGACACAGGAUGGGACUAUAUUAGCAUGGAAAUUUAAUGCCAUCACCAAUAGCUUUGAAGCAGCGGCAUCACUUAAAAGUCAUACCCUUGCAGUUGUAUCUUUAGUUGUUGGAGCUAAUAGACUUUACUCUGGUUCCAUGGACCAUUCUAUAAGGGUCUGGAGCCUGGAAACUUUGCAGUGUCUACAGACUCUGACAGAGCACCAUAAUGUUGUGAUGUCCUUGCUUUGCUGGGAACAAUUUCUAUUAUCAUGUUCAUUGGACCAAACAAUAAAGGUGUGGGUGGCUACUGAGAAUGGAAACUUGGAAGUGACAUACACUCACAACGAGGAACAUGGCCUCCUUAAUCUUCGUGGAAUGCAUGACUCAGAAUCCAAGCCCGUCUUGCUAUGCACAUGCAAUGACAAUUCUGUCCGGCUAUAUGAUUUGCCCUCGUUUUCGGAGAGGGGUAAAAUUUUUGCUAAGCAGGAGAUUCGUGCUAUUGAGGUAGGCCCUGGUGGCCUGUUUUUCACUGGGGAUGGAACCGGUUAUAGAGUAUGGAAGUGGGCACAACCAAUUGCCACGUCCUGAUGUGUCGUGUCAUGUCAUUUCUUAUAACAUAUUCAUCAUUAUGUAUUUUUUAUGUUAAUUAUUUGAUUUUUUUUUUGUUCAUCCUUAUGGGAAGGUCUUUUGUAGUUUGUAAGUUUGCGGGAGAAAUUAGGAAAUAGAGAAAAACAAUUUUGGGUUGCUGGUGGAAUGUUUUGCAGCACCAAGCCCGUCAGCUUAGUGUGUGCCAUAAUAACUCAUAAAUUGUAGCAUUCUGACGUUGGGAAUUUAGUAUUCAAUGUGCCAAGUUGAAGUGGUAUCUUGGUUUC